UUCUCGCUACACUUUUGCGUUUUUGUGUCAUUGACCUUUCCAAUUGUGAUUUAUUUUCAUUUUUUUGUUUAUCUCCCUUUUUCAUCUUAUAUAUCCAUCUUUAUUUUCUCCUCAAAAAUUUUGCCAGGCUUGAAUAUUUUUUUUUGCAUGUUUUUAGAAUUGUUUCGGAUCUCAGAGUCUGAUGUGAGUGUGCAUUGAAAGUUAUAAAAAAAUACUAUAAGUUUUAUAAAUAUAUUUUUCCAGUUUGAAAAUUCAUGACUUGUUGUAUUUUAUUUGGUUUUUUUCUUCAUUUUGCUAUAAAAUUAUUUUUGAUUACAAAUGUUGAAUUUUUUAUUUUUUAAAGUCGAUAGGCUUAAUAAUACUUUUUCACAUUUUUUAUUAAAAUAUUUCUACUUUGAGGAGAUAAUGGUAAAGUUUAUUGGACUUAAAAUUCAAGGCAUUCGAAGUAUUGGUGAUUCGCCGCAGUGCAUUAAUUUUUUGACUCCGUUAACUAUAAUUCAAGGGCCUAAUGGGACGGGAAAGACGAUCGCAAACAAGCCAAGAGUUGAUGCUUUGGUGCAACUUAUCUUCAAGGACAUUAAAGGCAAUACUUGUACGGCAACCAAGCGAUUGAAUGCGAGCGUUGUACGUGGAGGUAAAUUGACUACGAAAUCUGAUGAAUUUAACCUUAAAAUUGUUGAUAAGUUUGGUAAUCCAAAGUCACUUUCUUCAAAAAUAGGAGAUUUUAAUAAAGAGAUGCUCAAUUUAAUUGGUGUGCCUAAGGCUAUUCUUGAAUUUGUUCUAUUCUGUCAUCAAGAAGAAUCGAAUUGGCCUCUCUCUGAACCAAAAGAAUUGAAACAACGUUUUGAUGCAAUUUUCGAAGUUACAAAAUAUGUAAAGGCUUUGGAUGCAAUCAAAAGGAAUAUUAAAGAAUUGAACCUGCAAAUUCAGUUAAUUGACAAAGAACUUCCUCAUUUGGAAAGUAAUUUGCGUUCUAGAGCUGAGUUAACUAUGAAUUAUGACACGAGCCGUACAACAUUAAAACAAAAUCGAGUAAUAAUUGACAAUUUGUUGGAAGAAAAGAAAGUUGUUGAAGCAGAAUUGGUUGUAACUAGAGAAAAAUUGGAAAAAGCUGUUGAGGCAUCACACAAAUUUGGGAAGAUAAAUACACAUCAACGUUAUAUGGAAGAAUUUCUGACUGAAAGUAAUUAUCCUGGAACACGUGAACAAUUGUUAAUUGCUAUUAAUGAUCUCAGCCAUUCUAGUGAAAUACUUGAAGCUGAAGCUAAUAGAAUGAGUAUUGUUCGUAAUAUCUCAACUUUUGCGAAGAAAAUUGCUGAUUUGAAGAAAGAAGAGGAAUAUUUCCGUGAAAGAAUGAUUGAAUAUGAUUCUAAACAAAUGAAACUUGAAUCUGCACGUGCAGAUGAAUUAUCUGAUAAUAUUGAAAACUUGCGUAUUCAAUUGGCUGAAUACAAAAGCGAAAGCCAGUCAAAACGACAAGAAUUUUACAAACUUUCUCAGCAAAUUUGUAUCGCUGAAAGAGAAUUUAAGAAUGCAGAAAAUGCUUCAAAUGCAGUUGUCAAACUUUCUCAAGAAAUUGUCAAAUGGGAGACUCAAUUACAAUCACUUGGUGAUUUCAAAUUGCUAGAUGAUAUUUGGGAUAAUCUUCAAGAGAUGCAGAGUGCUUUGAAUGUUCUUCGACUGGAUUUGAUGGAAUUAGGUGCUGGGACUUCUAUUGAUGAUGCUAGAGAAAUGUCAACAGCUGUUUUGGAGCGAAUGAAUGGUAAAUUGGAAACUGUCUCUAGCCAUAUUACUGUUUUGAAAAAGCGAGUACAAAUUACAAAUCAGUUAAUGGAAUUUAAAGAUAGAAAAGCUUUGGCUGGCGAAAAAGUUGUUCAAAUUGAAUCUAUGAAACAAAAGUUGGAUCAAAAUAAAGAACAACUUAAAGAAGUUGAAUCAUUGCUUGCUUCUGCAAAUCAACAUUUGCCUGGUUUAGAAAAAGAAAUUUCAAAACUUGAAGGGGAAAGGACCAAAAUUUUAAAAGAAAUUUGUACAAAAGAACGAGAUGCUCAAAUGGUUGUUGAUUCUAUUGAUCUUGCAAUUUCAAAAAUAAAUGAUAUGAAAAAUUUGAAUGAAAGAGAUCGUGAUUCAACUGAUUCGACAGAUGAUUAUAGAGAAAAAAUGGAAGAAAAGAGGCGCGAAAUUGAUGGUUUAUUGGAACAACGACGUAAAUUGGAAACUCAAUUAAGCGGGGUUGAAAAUAGAAAGUAUGAAUUAAAACGUUUACAAGAGCAAUUAUCGAGAAUGGAUAUUCAGAAAGAGAUUGAUAUGUUGCAAAGAGAAUUAAGAGAAGCAAAAGAAAGUGCAAUGAUGGAAGGAAUUGAAAGUUUAACUGAAACUAGAACGAAGGAGAACAGACUUAGUCAACGUGCUGUUGAGAUUAACAAUAAAAUUCAUGAAAAGAAUGGAGAACAAUUACAAUUGAGAAAGAAAAUUGAAGAUUUGAAGAGACAAUUAUCUGAAACUCGUUAUGUGGAUGCAAAAAAACUUUAUAUUGGUAAAAUGGUUGAACGACAAGUUACUUUAGAGGCUAUUGAAAGCGGAUUUAAUUAUGGCAGGAUUUCAUUAUGUCAAUCGAAAAUUUUUUUUAAGGAUCUUGAUAGAUAUUACAAAACUGUUGACGAUUCAAUUAUUGAAUUUCAUCAACACAAAAUGGAACAAAUAAAUUCAAUUUUGUCUGAACUUUGGGCACGUGUAUAUCAAGGGAAUGAUAUUGAAACAAUAAAAAUAAAAUCACAAACUGUUGGUUCUGCUGAAAAGAAAAAUGUUGUUAUGACUGUUGAUCAAACUGAUAUUGAUAUGCGUGAUAGAUGCAGUGCUGGACAAAAAGUUUUGGCUUCAAUUUUAAUUCGAAUUGCUUUGGCUGAUGUAUUUGCUGGAAAUUGUAGAAUUUUGGCACUCGAUGAGCCUACAACUAAUUUAGAUGCUGAUAAGGUGGAAAAUAUUGGGACAAUGUUAAAGAAUUUAAUAGAAGUUCAAAAACCACCAACAGAUAGCGCAAUUGGUGUACGAGGAAUUUAUGAUAGUGAUGAUGCUGAUUUUGAAGAGCCAACUGGACGAGGUGCUGGAGCAGUACCAGAAGAAGAUAUUACAAUGCCUGAAUCAACAAUUUCUGGUUCUGUGAAAAGACAAUUGGAUGGUACUAAUGCUACUACAAGUACUCAGGCAGCUUCAGCUUACUCAAAAUCUCUUCAAUUAAUUGUUAUUACACACGAUCGACGAUUGGUCGAACAUUUAUAUAUGGCUUGUCGUCCCGAAUAUAUUUAUGGACUUUCUAAAGAUGAAAAUGGCGUUUCACAUAUCAAAGCUUACAAUCAAAUUGCUUCAAAUGAUCUUUUUAGUUGA